GUCAUGCCAAUGCAAACCAGGAUAUUUUGGCGAAACAUGCCAAUAUGAUUGUUUCAGUGGAUGCUUAGAAUGUAAACAUGAUGCAAUUACUUGCUCAGCAUGCGAACCUGGAAAAUACGGCAAUUUGUGUCAGUAUCACUGUAAACCUGAGUGUAAUGGCACAUGUCAUAUCUCAACCGGUAAUUGCCUAUCAUGUCCUGCCAAGUGUGAAGCAUGUGACAGUUUGCUUGAGAAAUGCAACGGAUGUAUAUCAGGAUAUUAUGGAGAAAAAUGCGAAUAUAAAUGCCCUUUCCAAUGUUUAACAAAAUGCGAUCAAAACAACGCUCAAUGUCAAGAUACGUGUCCUUAUCAGUGUGACACGUGCAUGAACCGCACGUCUUGCACACAAUGCAUGAGAGGUUACUAUGGUCAAAUAUGCGACCAGAAAUGUCCCAAUACGUGCGACAACUUAACAUGCGACAUACAUUCAGGAGCAUGCCACAAAUGUAUAAACAAUACAUUCUACGGUAAUUCUUGCAAUGCGUCAUGCAGUUCAAACUGUAACAAAAUCGAAUGUUUGCAAGACAGUGGUGCGUGUAUCAGUGGUUGCAUUUACGGUUAUUAUGGUCUUCUAUGCGAUCGAAGAUGUCCUGGAAUGUGUUUAAGAUCUGCAGACAACACAACUGUUGUGUGCGAAAUAGAUGGAAAUUGUAUCGGUGGCUGUGUAAAAGGAUUCGAAGGGAAUAAAUGUGAUAUGAUAGCAAAUGCAAGCAGUAAAGACAACAACACGAGUGAUCCAGCAAAUGCAAGCAGUAAAGACAACAACACGAGUGAUCCACCUGUAGCCAUCAUUGCCGGUGCAGCAGCAGGGGGCGUGGUACUGAUCAUACUCAUCGUGGUUAUUGUGGUCGUUCUUAAAAUAAGGCGACCGAAAGAUAGAGAAUCUCCAGGGAAUGUGUACGAAAAUAGCGUAUUUGAUGGAAGAGCGGCUCCUGACACAGCCAUAGCUCUAGCAGACGGACUUCAAACGAGGACGUCAGACUACAGUUACCUGGACAAUCAGUCGGAUAUGUCUCAUACAUAUUCUUCCUUGGCAACUAACGCUGCUGGCAUAAUACCGGAUACGUUACAUACAUAUACAAAUCUUGAUUCCAAUGCUAUGGGCGACAAACCAGAUGUGUCGAAUACACAUACUUAACUGGCUGAAAAAGCUGUUUGA